AUGUGGUUGCCCACCAUCUUCAUGUCAUCGUACUGCCUUCUGGGAGUGUCGUAAGUCCGUACGCCGUCGUCAUCAUCUCCUAGGUUCGUACUCCCAAAUUCUCUCAGCCACGAGGACGGGGAAAUUCACGCUGUCAUUGCGGUCGGAUCGGAUGAAGAUUACCGACAUCAGGCGGACGCAUGUCACGCCUACCAUGUUCUGAGGGAGCAUGGGGUAAAGGAGGAAAAUAUCAUUCAGCUGAACUAUGACAACAUCGCCAACGACGCAAGGUAAGAAGUUGCGUGCUUCUCAGUAGCUGCUCAGUGUCUUCAUUUGCGUUUUUCAUAAAUUGUUAACUGUGUUAAAGUUGAACCCAAAUUUUUAGCGCCAGAUUCCCGGGAACCUUGUAUAAUCAUCCCAACCUCACGCGCAACUAUUAUGAAGGCUGUAAAAUUGAUUAUCGCGCGGAGCAGGUAACAGUUGACAACUUUUUGAACGCCCUAUCCGGAAAACCCAGCAGCUCGGGGCCGGUCUUGAACACCACCGCCAACGAUCGAGUCUUCGUCUACUUCGUUGAUCAUGGAGGCCCUGGGUACGUCAAUUUUCCGCGCGAAGAGCUGUCGGCGCACCAGCUCAACAAAACGAUUGCCGAGAUGACUGAGAACAAGAAGUACAAGGAGCUGGUUUUCUACGUGGAAGCCUGCUUCUCGGGCAGCGUGUUCGAAAACACAGCGCCCUAUUACAAAGACCUGUAUGUCAUUACGGCCGCCAACGACCACGAACCGUCCAGCGCAACCUACUGGUCCGAAGAGGUGAUGGAGUAUUUGGGAGAUGAAUUCUCCGUGGCGUGGAUGGAGUUCUCCGACGCCAACGACCUUCACAUGACAACGCUGCAAGAUGAGUAUGAAAAUGUGAAGCGAAGGACGACGACAAGUCACGCGCAACAGUUUGGGAGUAAAAAGAUUGCGGAGGAGACGAUUGACGAGUUUCAGGGCGGCGAAGGCGGCAACCUUCUGGAUCGAGAGCCGGUAUGUGUUUCGUCAGUCUGUCGGGAAAAUAAUGAGCACAAUGUCGCAUCGAAAAUCGCAUCGCCGCCGAGAAAAUGAAUUGUGCUACUGGAAAACAAAUCCCAGUAGCACAAAUCGACCCGAGCGACGCAGCAACAUUGUUCUCAUUAUUUUUCGUUAUCAAACGGGUUCGUUGUACAGAGGUUGAGUUCGGCUUAAGGUACUAUCAGCCCGUCGGGCGCCGCGUCAAAAUCGAAUUUCUUUUUACUUGACGAGAUCGGCUUAGCAACAAUAUGCUCAUUAUCGUCUCGAUGACCUGAUAUAUCAUAGUAAAAAAUCAAAAUUUCUAGAUCGAAUUUGUUGCGGAACAAGGCACCACCGACCCUGCGCUUUCCCGAAUGCAGCGACUGCUGGAGACUCAUACAUCCAAUGGCAAUGAUCAAGAAGCAGCCAAGCUUCACAAGGAAAUUGACAGUCUUUUGACCAAUAGAAAGAUUGCCGAGGUUGACAUCAACGGUUUCAUUAAGAAAGUCGUGACUACUAAAGAGCUCCGAGAGCUCACUUCCGAGCACAAGCCGAUCAAAGACUAUCAAUGCCAUCAUGACGUGAUUACUUACUUUAGCGAGCACUGCUACAAACUGUCAGACGUAUGUAGCAUUCUUUCAACGUGUAAAUGCCACUGUUUUAGAACCCUUACAUUGCCAAGUUCAUGCACAAGAUAAUCAGCCUAUGUUAUGCGAUGACUUCUGAUGAGAUCGUGGGGCUUUUGAAAAGCCAUUGGCAGGAAAGGCGAAACGUUAAAGUUCUAUAA